AUGUAUAGGCGAGCGAAAACUUGGGCUUUAGCCUUAGCCCUUUUCGGCUUCAUACAGCCUGGUACAUCUAGCACAGGAUCUGCAAAAGAUUGUCCUGCAGCGGGUAAAUAUGGAAAAGGUCCUGAUCCCACAAGCUGCUUACUUCCAACUGAUCCCAUGAAUCUUCCUCCCUCUGAACUUGAAAGUUGGUUCACAAGCGAGAUGUUUGAGGAUCUGUUCCCAUUCGCUAACCUUGGUUGGGGACCUUCACCUUGUCUACCCUACUCAUAUGAAGCAUUCAUUAUCGCAGCUCGUUACUUCCCAGAAUUUGGAACCAGCAGUCCUAAUGAUAUAUACAAAAAAGAAGAAAAUGCUCGGCGUGACCUAUCUGCCUUCUUCGCCCACGCAGUUCAAGAAACUGGGGAGAACAAUGCAGGACUAUACGGAACAGGGAAAUCAAAUGAGGAAGUUGCUAAUUGUUUCUAUCGUGGAGGAUUCUAUAACUGGUUCGAAGGUGGACCAACCUCACUGUUUUUAGAGCAGAAAAACCCAGGUCAUAAUCCGCAAGAUGGUGAUAUUUGUACUUUUGGAGGAAGAUAUUGUGCUGAGAGUGCUGAGCUUAAUUAUUGGUUUCCAUGUGCGGCCAACUCUUCAUUGGGCCAAAAUGAUAAUGUCAAUAUUUACAAGUCCUGCUACUUCGGAAGAGGAGCCAUCCAAAUAUCUUACAAUUAUAACUACGGACAAUUCGGUGAUUGGCUUAAAUCUAAAGGAAUCGAUGUUGAUCUGCUAGCCGAGCCUAAUCUAGUGAUCACCAAGAUGGAUCCCCCUCUCGCCAUGAUGGCUUCACUUUGGUUCUAUAUGACUCCUCAACCACCAAAGCCCGCCAUGCACGAUAUUGUUAUGGGUCAAUGGAACGCUGGAAAAGAAAACACUAAUGCUGGAUAUGCUGGCCCCAUAUUUGGACCCACUUCUCUCAUUAUUAAUAAUGAAUGUAAUGGUGAAGACGCUCAUGAACCUGGAGGUCCCGGAGAAUCAAGAAGAAUCAAAGCAUUCAAAUGGUUCUGCAAAUACUUUGAUGUACCUGCUGGCGCUGAUAAACUACUCUCUUGCAAAGACAUGCCCAAGAAGUUGGAUGAGAUCAGAUAUGACUACAGUUACCAACCUGAUUGGGGAUCAACAUGGAAAGAACAACCUUGCAACUGCGCUCCAGCCCCUUACGGAGGAAUGAUUCCUUAUUUUGAUCCUGAUUACUAUCCAGAGAGAUUUGUAGCUUUGAAUGAAGAGAACCGUCAAAGAUGCAUAGCCUCCGUUUACGAUAAUCCUUCCAUGUAUAGUAUGAACAACGAGACCAGUGCAUGUCUCAACCACAAGUGA